AAGUUACACCAUUCACUGCGUUCGGCAGUCCCAUCCUCGCCCCCAAAAAGCUUCAGACUGAUGUUCGGUGUGGAACACAUCUCAAACCAAUCGAACAAUCUCCUGAUAAGCCAUCUUCAGUCACAGCAGAGAAAGUGGGCGUCAGCCAUCCGUGUCAUUUGCUGUAGCCACGGCUCUCUCUGACUUCAAAUUGCACGGGAACGACUGUAAGACUGUAAUCGGAUGAUUCAGUGAGGGCGGUGCCAAGCAGGACAUAGCCUUGACAAUCUAAAGUCGGUUGACGAGUAACAUUUACGUUAGUUAGCUUAGUAAAGCCGGUUCGCUAGUUUACAGGUUAACCUGAGAUAAUUAAUCUGUCUCCGGCUGAGUCGCGGCUUUUACUGCAUCUACCGACAUACCUACGUCAGGCACGCUUUUGACUACAUGCCCCACAGCACAAAUAUCUAUCAUAAAUUCUAAAAGGAAAAAGAAGCACCUUAAAAUGGAGACCGAGAUACAUGUGCCCGUCGGCUCGCCCAUAAUCAGAAAAUUCCCCAUUUUUGUGGACGAACAUAAUGUCACAGAUGGCGCGAUGAAACUCAUGAAAGAGCUCCGACCGGCAUGGGACAUCAACCUUGUCAAAACCAAGUUCUUCACUGAUGGAACCACCAACAAGCUGGUGGGCUGCUACGUGGAGGAGGCGCCGGAGGACGUGGUGCUGGUGCGGGUGUACGGCAACAAGACGGAGCUGAUCGUGGACCGGGACAACGAGCUGCGCAGCUUCCAGGUGCUGCACGCCAACGGCUGCGCGCCGCGCCUGUACUGCACCUUCCAGAACGGCAUCUGCUACGAGUUCAUGCAGGGCGACGCCCUGGGGCCCCUGGACGUCAGGGACCCCGGGCUGCUCAGGCUGAUCGCCGAGGAGAUGGCCCGCAUCCACGCCAUCCACGCUCACAACGGCUGCAUUCCCAAGCCCAACCUGUGGAUCAAAAUGAGGAAGUACUUCAGCCUGGUGGCCACAGAGUUCACCGACCAGGCCUCUAACACUAGAAUUCAACAGGAAGUUCCGAGCCAGGAAGUGUUAGAACAGGAAAUGGCCUGGAUGAAGGAGCACCUGUCGCAGCUGGGCUCUCCGGUGGUGCUUUGUCACAACGAUCUGCUGUGCAAGAACAUCAUCCAUAACAUUAAAGAAGGUCACGUGAGGUUCAUAGACUACGAGUACUCCAGCUACAACUACCAGGCCUUCGACAUCGGGAACCACUUCAACGAGUUCGCAGGCAUGAGCGAGCUGGACUACAGCCUGCUCCCCAGCAGGGAGAUGCAGCUGGACUGGCUCCUCAUUUACCUGCAGGCCUACAAGCGCUUCACCAAGAAGGGCGGGGACGUGAGCUGGCACGAGCUGGAGACGCUCUACGUGCAGGUCAACAAGUUCGCCCUGGCGUCCCAUUUCUUCUGGGGUUUCUGGGCUCUCAUUCAAGCAAAGUAUUCUUCCAUCGACUUUGACUUCCUCGGGUAUGCGGUGCUGCGCUUCGACCAGUACUUCAAAACCAAGCCGGCUGUCGAGGCCAUGAAGAUACCGGAGUGAAGGGCCCGGAACACCGCUCGGGAGUCUGGCUCCAUCGCUGACUCUGUGACCCUGAGAGCAGAAGCACUUUUCAGAUGGGGAAGGCAGA